AGAAGUAUAAUAGAACGAACUUGUCUCCUCUGUCUCUCACUCUCUAUCCAAAAUAAUUAAAAACGAGGAGAGAAAUCAAAGACAACAAAAAAAAAAAAAAAAAACUUUGUUAAAGAAAAUAAAAACGGACCUUAGAAUCUGUGGUCUUUUGUAUCUGUCUUUCCCUUUGCGUUUGAUUUCUUCAGACAAUCAUCAGAUAUAUUUUCUUUCCUAAAUCGAUUGAUUUCUUUAAAACUUUUUUUUUUUUUGUGUGUUGUUGAGGGAAAAAGUAUAAAAAUUUCGACUUUUUUUUUAUUUGGGUUCUUCUCCGGGUUUUGAUUUUGAUUAGUUUUUUUUUUUUUAAUCAAUAAUGGAUUCUGAUUCAUGGAGUGAUCGUCUUGCUUCAGCUACAAGGAGAUACCAGCUAGCUUUUCCAUCACGAUCUGAUACGUUCUUAGGGUUUGAAGAGAUAGAUGGAGAAGAAGAGUUCAGGGAAGAGUUUGCUUGCCCUUUCUGUUCUGACUAUUUUGAUAUUGUAUCUCUCUGUUGCCACAUAGAUGAAGAUCAUCCCAUGGAAGCCAAAAAUGGGGUAUGUCCAGUUUGUGCGGUUAGGGUGGGUGUUGAUAUGGUUGCUCAUAUAACCCUUCAGCAUGCUAAUAUAUUCAAGAUGUACCGCAAGAGAAAACCAAGAAGAGGGGGGUCACAUUCCACGUUAUCGAUCUUGAGAAGAGAGUUUCCUGAUGGAAACUUUCAGAGCCUUUUUAGGGGAUCUUCGUGUAUCGUAUCUUCUUCCUCAUCAGCCAAUGUAGCGGCUGACCCAUUGUUAUCAUCCUUUAUUUCACCUAUCGCUGAUGGUUUCUUCACAUCGGAGUCAUGUGUAUCUACAGAAACUGGUCCAGACAAGAAUAUAUCAAGUCAGAGUUUACCUCAACGGAAUGCAAUAAAACCGUCUCUGUCAGCUGAGGAUCAAAAGCAGAAGUUGAAACGGAGCGAGUUUGUAAAAGAGCUAGUGAGUUCUACGAUUCUUGAUGACGGCUUAUAAUGGAGUAUUGCUUCUGGUAGCUUCUCAGCAACGAGGGAAACUCCAUGUUCUGCCUCAGAGAGAAAAGUGUACGGAAUUAUUGUUUGUGUGGAGCAAAUAAAGGAGAGUGCUUUGUAGGGAGAGAGAGGGAUUAUGAGUGUAAGUUAUGAACACAUUAGCUUCUAUAGUUAAUGCUCGAUUUGUCUGUAGGUUCAUAAAACAACCAAAAUGUAAUCUAUUUCAUUGUAUUUGCCUCAGUUCUUCGUUUCCAAAUUCUUAAUUAGUCACGGUUUACGCUUUGGUA